AUGCUCAUGGUGCUGAGCCAUUUCGAGGAGGGCGGGACGAACCUGACCAGACAUCCCCAGCUGUUGGAUCUGGUCCGCCACAACCGUUGGCUGGAGGAGGACCCUGGGGCGAUGGAGCUUCUGUGCAGAGUCCACAACUACCACAUGAAGCAAGCGGAGGAUAAGGGUCGUGCGCCGACGGCUCCCGAGCAGGAGAAACUGGAACAGAGGCACCAAGCUCUUGUGA